UCCCUUAUCAUCAUAUCCAGACAACUGAUCACCACAUCCCUAGGCAGCUAUUCCAAGGGGCCAUUAAACUUGCACCAGUUCUGAAUGAAGGCCGCCAACCCUCAUCCCAACAGUGACCGCGCCCAAUACAACACACGCUGCCCGCAAUAGCAGAACAAGACGAAAAUCAACCUCCUGAUGACCGACACCCCAACGAUCAGCCACUCGUCAUCCAAGAGUAUCCUGACAACGAACCGCCCCCCACUAGCCAAAAUACCAACAAUGAGCCGCUCGAUGUCCGAGAUGCUGACGAGCAAACGCCCGUUGCCCCAAACACUAACGAUGAAACACUUACCGUUGAAUACACCGAUAACGCCAACAAUGAACGGUCCGGUGACCAACGAGAUCGCCAUCAACAAGUCCCUCAAGUCAAAGAGGAGGCACCAAGUUCAACUACACCGACAGAAUGCCCACCGCCACAUAUGCAACCGCUCGAUGAAACCCUCGCAGACGACGUGGAAGACAACAAUCAACCGAGCCACAUCGCCGAAACGCCACAGCCUAUAUCGCUUAAUUUUGAGGGACGAAGCUUCUAUGAUUCUACGGACGAACCGUUCUCAUCGCCCGAGAUUGAGCCAUUCCAAAACAACGAAGCCAAACCAGAAAAUGCCACCCACAAUAAAGACCUCGACCUCCCCGAUAUAUUCGCAAAUUGUAAUGCCGCUGCAGAUGCAUCACUCCGCGACGAAGAGAUCGAGGAUGUUAAUAUGGAAAUGUUCGAAGGCUGCAGUUGAUCAACUGUUUGACCGACGCCUGUUAACUUGUACGGAUUGGACUUGGCGCAGUACCCCUAUUGUCAGGGCACUGGGACAGUACAUAUAUUUCGAGUCGGCGACAGGCCAGAUCCAGACGGACUUAGCCU